AUGGAUAGUCACGUCCGCUUUCUUCAUGCUCUUCUUUUUGUUGAUUCUAAAAUUACUCAUCAUUACGGAUCUAAUAUGAUCAAUGUGAAACGAGAAGUACUGAAAUUAAUUCGAGAAGCAAAUGAUUAUUUCUACCAAAUAAAUGUGCGAAUAAUAGUAGUAGAUAUUCUGCAAACAGAACGAAGUGAUUUGAGUCUGUAUUCAUUUGAAGAAUUUAGAAAUCAGAGGAUAUCAAAGUUACCAAUGCACGAUUUUGCCGCUUUGAUUUCAUAUCGCUAUGCGGGUGGGCUAGCAUUUGUUAAUGGAAUGUGUACGUCAAAAGCCGUCAUGCUUUGCGGAUUUUAUCCACACAAUCCCUCAGCAAUGGGUGGCAUAUUCUUUCAUGAAGUAGCGCAUUUAAUUGGUGUUCCGCACAGUAAUGCAACUGAUUUUAUCAAUGUACCAGAUUGUUACUGUCCUAUACUUGAAAGCAGCCCAGCUUCUGGAUGCUUGAAAAUACCAGGGUAUGAUCAUGACUGCACCUUACAGCAAAUGGUAAACAUGCUGAAAGCAAGCCGUUGCUUGAAACAGAUCAAAAGUAUCAGCACGUUUUUUAUACCUUUAAAAAAUUCCCAAUCCUUACCACUCUGUGGAAAUGGUGUCAUUGAAGGAUCUGAAGAGUGUGAUUGCGGCUUGCAUAAACUGUGUUACAACUGGAAUUGUUUAGCCGAUGAAUGUGUGCAGAUUGUGAAGUCUUGGCAGAUGGUUUCUUUUCAUUUUUCAAAUUUUAUACCAAAAAGUACUCUGUUGUUUAAAUUUCAGAUUAACCAAUUUGAAGAUAUUAAAAUAUUGAAAUAAUU